AUGCGCUUUCUUGCCCGCUGGCAUGAGCUCUUAGUGGCCGCCACAGCCGUGCUGUGCAUAGGCAGCCUCGUUGCUCUUUCCCUGAGCAGUGUGAAGGCCGAUGCUAAGCCCACCGUGCCAGUAAGGAAGCAGGCAAGAGUGCUUGCAAGAUCCCCAGGAACGCGGCCCUCUACAGUCUCAAGUUUGCGAUAUCAAAGCCGCAGUGCGAAUCCAUCCCGUCCUGUCACUUCUCUCCCCCCUACGCGAACAGUUCAACAACCCCCCCAUGUUGCAUCUCAGCUCAACUCGACAGCCCAGAGCCCUGCGAGCCGCGCAAUUCCCCAAAAAAGCAUGCACCAGCCGCAGCAACCUGCAUUGCAUGCUGGAUCUGCCCCUGGUGCUCCCCAAGCCUCGCUCUCUCCCCAGCCCCCUCCCCCAGCAUAUCCUUACCAGAAUGCGCAUGCCCGCGACUCGGCUGGCGCUGCCGCCCACGGGCAGUCGUACGGUUUAAACCAAGCAGCGGCCCCUCUGACAACCAAACCUUCCCCUACGACUCCUCAGACUCAAGCCACACGCCACGAGCUCGCGGGGAACGGAGGAGGUCCUUCUUUGGCGAGGACUGCGCUCACGACAGCAGUCGGUGCAGCCGUGGGAAGCAUGGUAGGAAAUGCGGUGUCUAACAGCCUGAUGCGACGGCCUGUGGAAUCUGGCAAGGCAGAGGCCUCUACCACCGACGCUUCCGAACCCGAUACUGUGACUCCGUCAACAGCAGCGGCCUCCACCGAAACGGAGAGUACCCGGGAACCCCUGGAGAGCCAGGCAACUGUAGAGCUCGUGUUUCCUGGUGUGGCAGAAUCUGAGCUGCUAAGCAACCUGCGGGGUGCUCAAGUCUUCGGGGCAUACGUUCAAGACGCAAUAGUGCGCGCGCUGGGGGUUUCCAGUGAUCGAGUGGUCCUCAAAAGCGUUACGACGACCCCAGGGAGCGGUGACGAAGAGCCUAUGAAUGUUGUCGUCACGGUUUCUUUGCUGCCGGAUGAACGGCUGCUGGCAACUGAGCCGACUGCAAAGGAACUGGCAGAAGAGAUCUCCAGACAGAUGGUACAAGAGACCAGCUAUCUUAGAAGACAGCUGCGCUCGGCUUUCCCCCAGCUCUCGACCGCAGGGGUUACCACAACCGUCGAACUUAGCAGCGCUGCUGCCCGAGCAGCCCACUCAGGCAGUAACUCGGCUUACGAGGCCGCUUGGAUGACACUGCUAGCCACGCUUUCUCUGUCCUGGAAAAUGCACGAGGGUGUUCAAGAUGCAGCCAAAGCCAAACUCAUGCAGAACCGCGAUGUUGGUCCGUAG